AUGAACCAGUUAGUAAAAUUUUCGUUUAACUGGUCUUUUUAUAUCUUAGAACCGUGGAUUCUUUCCUGGAGUGGAACGAAGCAGAAACUUUAUUAUUUCAACCCGCACACCGGUGUCAGUUUAUUUGACCCUCCGCCUGACGUGUUUGCUGAUUUUCAGGAAACGUACUCCACUCGACAUGCAUGGUUCCUGAACAGAAAGAGUUACGACGACAAACAUUCGCUGCUCGAUGUUCUAAAAAACUUGAGGAAAAUGCUUCGUCACAGGGAAAAAUGA